CCAAUGUUGUUUUCACUUGGCUAAGGAUUUUUGGAGGGCGAGGGCGGGCGGGGACAAAAAGUGAAAAACCGGAAGCUGAAACUGAAAGAAAGCCCGCUCUGCCGAAAUGCAUUUUGCCGUCAAAAUUUUUUGAACCCGCGCCCAUUCUUCUUUCUUUCCCCCUAUUUGGAUCCCGCCCUAACUUUCAGUUCCAAUUCUCCCCCCACCCUCUCAAAUCUGAAAUCUUCCUCUCUCUCUCUCUCGCCACUCGCCAGUCGCAUCUCAGUUCCCAGUUCCCAAUCUUUCUCUCGCCAGCUGCAUCUCGCAACUCAAAUCUCCACCCGCAGAAACUCACGCCACACACAAUUUGCUACCCGAAAGUCAAAUUCCAUACUUUCUCGCGAUCUUCAAAAACCCUAACUUCUCUUAGGGUUUUUGUUCUUCUGGUUCCUGUAAUUUCUCCUCCCUCUUACCAGGUUACUCUGCUUGCCUGAUUCGGAGCUGCGCUCCAUGGCGAGCGAAACCCUAGAGCAGAAAAAGCCGGAGGAGGAAGCCCCGGUAGAGGGCAAAGAGGAUCCCAAGCUCGAAGUGGUGGAAGAGAAAGCCGACGACGAUACGAAAGAGAAGCAGGAAGAGCAGGACGAGGAGAUGAAAGAGAAUGAGGAAGAGCAGGACGAGGAUACGAAAGAGAAGCCAGAGGAAGUGGAAUACAAACAGCUUGAAGACAAGAAGGAAGUGGAGAAACAGAAGAAAAACGAUAAGGAAGAGGAUGGAGUGAAUGAAGAGGAGAAGGAAGAAGACAAGGCGGACCAACCGAUUCAAGAUAACAAGGAGGGCCAAAAUUCCGAAGUUCCGCCUGAAAAAGUUGACGAAGGAAACGCGGAUGACCCAGCAGAGAAAGAUGGCAGAGACAAAAAGGAGAAGGCGGCGGAAGAGCAAGAUGAGGAUGCUGAGGAUGUGGAGGAAGAGGACGUGGAAGAUGAAGAACCAGAGAGUAAUAUAAAUAAACAAGGUGAAAAGCAGACUCCUGAAGCCAGCGAGGAGAAGCAGAGUAAGGAAUCCACUGACAGGAAAGAAGCUGUGACUCCAAGCAGUGAGAGGCCAACCAGGGAGCGGAAGAUGGUGGAGAGAUACUCUAUUCCUGAACGAGGAAGGUCUUCUGCAAGCAAGCCAUUAUCAAUUGAGAAGGGCCGAGGGACACCUCUGAAAGAUAUUCCUAAUGUGGCCUUCAAGUUGUCAAAGAGAAAGGCUGACGAGACUCUGCAGGUCCUUCACACUUUGCUCUUUGGAAAGAAAGGAAAGGUGCGAAAUAUGAAGCGAAAUAUUGGUCUAUUUUCUGGCUUCAUUUGGACCGGGAAUGAGGAAAAACAGAAGUCAAAAGUUAAGGAGAAGCUUGACAAGUGCGUAAAGGAAAAGCUUAUAGAUUUUUGUGAUGUGCUCAAUAUUCAAGUAACUAAAGCCACAGUGAAAAAGGAAGAACUCACUGUAAGAAUCAUGGACUUCUUGGAAUCCCCACAUGCUACAACUGAUGUUUUGCUCGCUGAUAAGGAACAGAAAGGUAAGAAGCGAAGGUUGAUCACUGGGAAGAAUUCAAGCCCUGGUGAAGCAUCAGCUAAGAGGCAAAAACGGUCAUCUCAGGCUGAGGAAAAGCAAAAAUCCUCUCCCAAUGUUGAGGAAGAAGAUGAGGAUGAUGAUAAAGAUGAAUCUGCAGAUGCUCAUGAGGACUCCAAAGGUGAUGAUGAUGAGUCUCUGGCUAAAGAUGAGAGUGAUCAGGAUGAGGAUAAAUCUAAUGAAGAUGAACCAAAGAAAGAAACACCGACUCAAAAGUCCUCAUCUAAAAAAAUUGCAAAGGAUGCUACAAAAAGCAGGGAGAAAGCUACUCCUGGCAAGAGCAACACCCCUACAAAAAGUUUGGCAAGAUCUAAGAAGUCAUCUACUCAAUCAGCGAAACCAAGUGCAGAUACUGAUGCAGGCUCUGGUUCAGUUUCUAAAUCGAAAGGGUCUACAUCUAGGAAACGCAAGGCUGAAGAUCAAGACGUUUCAAAAACGGAAAAUAGUUUGAAAAAGCAGACAGGCAAAUCAACCUCGAAAACUUCUGCGAAAGAUCAAGGGAAAGGAAAAUCUGGCAAGAAGUUGAAGGCUGAACCCAGCAGAGAUGAGUUGCAUGCAGUUGUUGUUGAUAUCCUGAAAGAAGUUGAUUUCAAUACAGCAACUUUGUCUGAUAUACUCAAGCAACUUGGUAAGCACUUCGAUGUAGAUCUAAUGCACAGAAAAGCCGAGGUGAAGGAUGUUAUAACUGAAGUUAUAAAUAACAUGUCUGAUGAGGAAGAUGAGGGUGAUGAGAAUGCCGAGGCUGGUGGGGAUGCAGACAAAGAUGAUGAAGAUGAUUAGUUAGGGCUUAUAAGUUAUAUAGGAAUUUCCCUCAGGAUGCCAGAUAUGUCAUGGAGCAAUUUAAACAAGAGAGGCGGAAGGUAAAAACCACUGUUGACUGCAACCUCGGGACUUAUCCCCCCAGGGGGGAAAAAAACAUUAGCAGACUAGGGUUGUUUGUACCAUAUCCUAAUUUGUAACUUCUGUCUUGAACAAGUAGUGGUGAGUUGACAUUAGCUGAAUAGUUUUGCUUGUUUGAUGUAAUUGUUGACUGUCUGUUCCCGCAAAUGAGUAGUGAACCUAGUUGCGUAAAGUCGAUAUGGAGCUCUGCUUCAAAAGUUAUGUUAUGUGCUUUUGUAGUUGGUUGAAGCAGAAAGCACCUAUUUUUUUGGGGAUAUAGACCUAAUUGAUUUAGGUUAUUUUCUUAAUGAGUUAUGAAUUGGUUCUUUUUUGUUUUCCAUCUUUUCUUCCCUUGGAAUUACAAGUUUUUUGCUUCAAAAUUUGUGGUGGUUAAUGUGAAAGUUUUGAAAUCCUCGUUGAUUUUAUAGGUUGGCAAUGGCAACGUGAUUCUAGCUCGUGUUAAUUUAUUGUUGAGAGACCAAAUUAUUUUUCAAUAUUCUACCUUUUUUUUAAUUAGCUUACAUAUUCUUACAUAUCUUUGUUUAGACCAUGAAUUAAACUGAGUUUGACAU